AUGACAACGCGACAGCACGGUGCCGAGAAAUGCCGUUGCUGUCCGUACGGGUUUCAUAUAGACGUCGAUUUUGUUGCAUACGCUGAAGAUGUCCGUAAAGGUGGACAAAAUCGUACGCCUACACUAAGUCGUAAGCAUGGCGACAGGCUAAUGAGUCCGUUGGAUAGUAUAUUUAGGUAUGCUUCCCGCUUGUUGGGUAAACCACACCCCUUGAAGGUUAUUCAUCUUGCAUCUUUUUUUUGCUGCAAGCAUCGAAAAACUUUUUGUUUUGUGGCACUUUCGAAAAAGAACGCGGAAUUUGGAAAGAUGUAGUU